AUGGGAGAACCAGCGCCAGAGAGAUGGCUUGGCGAGCAACAUGACUGCCAGUAUGAUUCAGAUCCUCGACAGAACAAAGACUUGGGAGCCUUGUUGAAGAGUCGCAACGUGCUCAUCGCCGGAGCUGGUCGAGGCAUUGGGCGAGCGACAGCUGAAUUUUUCGCUCAUACCCAGGCCAAGUCGCUUAGUUUGAUGGCGUUGGAAGCUGCAGAGGUUGAGGAAACUGCAGAGCUAUGCAAGAAGAUCAAUCCAAAAUUGAUGCUCAAGACGGCAGGAUUUGAUGUCAAGGAUUACGCGAAAGUUGAAGAGUUUGUCCAGGAUGUCGAUAAAGAAUUCGGCAGCAUUGACGUUCUCUACAUGAAUGCUGGUAGACCACCUCAGUGGUUGGCGACUCAUGAGUCAGACCCGCACAUUUGGUGGGACACCGUCGCUGUAUCUUUGCAGGGAGCCUUCAACUUCAGCCGAGCGGUGAUCCCAAUCAUGCGUCGAGAAGGUGGAGGAAGGAUCGUCUUCACAGCUUCAGCAGGAGCUCAUGUUAACAAGGGCAUGACGAGCUACAUGCUGGGGAAGCUCGGUAUGGUCCGAUUGGCCGAGUCCUUACAUUUUGAGAACAAGGAUGCUGGAAUCAAGACUUUCGCUAUCCACCCUGGUGCGAUCAAGACUCGAUUCUUCAGCGACUUCAAGGACGCAGCAGAGGGUAAUAUCAAACCAGGAAGCUAUGUUUCGACCUCAGCCGAAGGUGAGAAGAAGUCAGCAGAGACUGCGGUUCACUUUUUUAAAGACGUGACAUGGGAUACUCCACAAAUGGCGGCUGGAAUGGUAACUGUCCUAGCCAGUGGACAAAUGGACUUCAUGUCGGGAAGAUAUGUUGACUGCUCUAUGAAACCCGGAGAAUAUAUCGCCGACAAGGAGAAGAUAAAAUCGAAAGACCUUCAUCGAGUGAAGUUGUUGGUGGACGAUGGCUGGUACAUACCUUCGGCUGCUCCAGAGUAG